UCCUUUUUUUUUUUUUUCGGACAUCGAAAGCUCAAAACCCCUCUCAGUUCGAGAUCGACGACGAAGAAGACGAAGAUGCAGCAAAGAAAACCAGCGUCAGGAAGGCCUACUGGAACAGAUGGCUCAGAUUUCAACUACCGCAUGGUGGUUGACUCUCGGUAUCAGAAGGUAGCUAAAGGGAAGUCUCGUCUGUACUCUCUUAUUCUAACUCAGGCCGUCAUUCAAUUGACAGGAGUCCUUUAUGCUUUUCUGUUUACAUCAGAUGGGGAAGGUCCAAAUGUGAUUGCCAUCUCAUCUGUUGCUAUUGGUUCUAUUUCUUUGAUAAUCGGGGAGUUGGGUCGAAGGCGCAGCCGAGUGUCUUUGUUGAAAGUGUACAUGGUCGCAUCAUCUAUUGGAAUACUUCUCUCCAUUGCUUGUGUUGCUAAGGGAAGUUUAACACUAGCGGUUUUGCAAAAUUCAAGUAACUGGGAAACAAAGAAAUUUGAACUUGUCGAGGCCACUCGCACUGUAAUUGCAUUCCUGGUUCAAAUAUUUGCAAUCAGCACAACCACUUCUCUCAUCGGUAACAUGUCUCCUCCGAAAAGAGCCUCGUAGCUGCGUCCUAUAGCCACAAUCAUUCCAGUAAUUUACAAGAAUUUUUAGUGUUCAGUUUCUUUCGGGGUUCAAAUUUUGUAAUCCGAGGAAGAUAUUUUAAAAUGUUUCUAGAUUAUGGACUAUUUUGACUGGUGACCAUUUUACAUGUUUUUGAAACAAAUCAGUGACGGUAGGGAAUGUAAUUUGAUCCGUUAAUAGAAAUUGGAUGACAUAUGUUUUUCUA